ACCCUUAUUAUAAAUUGAAAGAGACCAUCUCUUCUUGAUCUCUCAAAGCUUUCACUUUUUAAAAGAAUCUUCUCCUUAGUUCACACACUUUUCUCAAAAAUCCUCUGUUUUCUCUUCUCCCUUUUGUCUCUGCUUUGAUCUCAUCUAAAUAAACAAAAAAAAAAUGAAAGAGUAUUGGACAUCACUAGCAUCACUCCUCGGCGUCUUAGCUUUCUGUCAGAGCCUAAUGCAAUCAAUAAUCCCACCGGAGCUCCGUUUCGCCUUCCUCAAAUUCUUCAACCGAACCUUCCACCUCUUCUCCUCCUACUGCUACUUCGACAUAACGGAGCUCGACGGCGUCAACACCAACGAGCUCUACAACGCCGUCCAGCUCUACCUCAGCACCUCCGUUUCCAUCGCCGGCAACCGUUUAAGCCUCACCCGCGCCGUCAACUCCUCCUCCAUCACGUUCGGUCUCUCCAACAACGACUCCAUCGUCGACACUUUCAACAACGCCACCGUCCUCUGGGAGCACGUCGUCACUCAGAGACAAACUCAGACGUUCGCGUGGAGACCGUUACCUGAAGAGAAACGUGGGUUCACUCUCCGUAUCAAGAAGAGAGACAAAACAUUGAUCUUAAACUCUUAUCUUGAUUUCAUCGCGGAGAAAGCUAAGGAGAUCCGUCGGAAGAACCAGGACCGGUUGCUUUACACGAACACGCGAGGCGGGUCUCUGGACUCGAGAGGGCAUCCUUGGGAGUCUGUUCCUUUCAAGCAUCCGAGCACGUUCGAGACUCUUGCGAUGGAUCCGAAAAAGAAGCAAGAGAUCAUGGAUGAUCUUAAGGAUUUUGUGUUAGGUCAAAUGUUUUAUCAGAAGACAGGUAGGGCUUGGAAGAGAGGUUACUUGCUGUAUGGGCCACCGGGUACCGGUAAGUCUAGUAUGAUCGCAGCCAUGGCGAAUUAUCUAGGCUAUGAUAUUUACGAUCUUGAACUCACUGAGGUGCAUAGCAACUCGGAGUUGAGGAAGCUGCUGAUGAAAACGAGUUCUAAGUCGAUAAUAGUGAUCGAAGACAUCGACUGUUCUAUCAAUUUGACGAACCGGAAUAAGAGCAGUGGAUUCAAAACCGGUCCUGAGCAUAGGAUCGGCUCUGAAAUACGAAGUGGGUCGGGUUCGGGUGAAGAGUCUGGUAACGGGAACACGAUAACGUUGUCGGGUUUGUUGAACUUUACGGACGGGCUUUGGUCUUGUUGUGGAAGCGAGAGGAUCUUUAUCUUUACGACCAAUCAUAUAGAGAAGCUUGAUCCUGCGUUGCUUAGGAGUGGGAGGAUGGACAUGCAUGUGUGCAUGAGUUACUGUGAUUUCUCGUCGUUGAAGAUUUUGUUGAGGAACUAUUUAGGGUACGAGGAGGAAGACGUGGACGACGACGUUUUGAAGGAGAUGGAGAGAGUGGUUGAGAAGGCGGAGAUGACGCCUGCGGAUGUAAGCGAGGCUUUGAUCAAGAAUAGGAGGGAUAAGGAGAAGGCGGUUAGGGAGUUGUUGGUGAAGUUGAAGAGUAGAUGGGAGAGAAAUGUGAAAGGUGGGAAGUUGAGGGGUCAAAGUGGAAAUUUGAGGGAGUUGGAAAUUGUGGAGGAAGAAGAGAAAAGGGCUAUAGAUAGUCAAAAUGAAGAUGGUGAUGAUGUUGAAGAUGAAACUGAGCUCGUGGACAAUGUUGGUAAAGACUAGAGAGGAUUCAAAAUAAACAAUGUACAAGAAAAUGGUGAAAACUUGUUAUCUUUCUUCUUUUCUUUACUUGAUAUGGGUUUUCUAUUUUUUUUAUUUUGGUUGUUGAAGUGGUAGUUGAAACCCUGAAAGUGACAUAGCUAGAACAUGUUAGAGUUGUGAAAGUUUUAACUAAACGAAAGUGAUGGAAAAGUCUCACAAAGGUGGUCAGUAAAGCAAAUGGUUGAUGAGGAUA